GAAAUCCGGGCUUGGAACUAUAUUAUUCGUGUCUCUCGGCUCCUCCAGAACCUUGGUGCAGCUUCUGAGGUCGGGGCCUAGUUCACGCGUUUUGGUCAUUGCUGGAGCUCAUCGCGCCGGUUACGAGGAGCGGUCGGUUAGGGAACUUCAGUGAUUUUAAUUCUGUUGAACUCGAUUUGGUUGCUGAAUGCUCCUCCGUUUCAUUCUUUGUGGUCAGAGAGUGUGGUUUUGAGGAAGCUGCCUGGUGUCACGUAUUAAAUCCAGAGCUGAUUCCUGGAGCUGCUUGUAAUUCUUAGCCAUGUCUCCGGCUCCAGCUGCAGGCCAGGUUCCUACGUCGGUCUCUCUGUUUGACCUCAAUGCGGAUGCUCCGGUCCUUCAGGGCCUGAGCCUGGUGAGCCACCCUCCCGGCGAGGCUCUGGCUCAAGCUUUGCCGACUUCUAGUCCAGAUCCAGGGGAGAAAGCAAGCCCAGAAAGAAAACCACUCCAGGGUCCUCUGGAUAUUCCAGGGAAGUUACUUUGUUCAACCUGUGACCAAACCUUCCAGAACCACCAGGAACAGAGGGAACACUAUAAGCUUGACUGGCAUCGGUUUAACCUAAAGCAGCGUCUCAAGAACAAGCCUUUCCUUUCUGCCCUGGACUUUGAAAAGCAGAGCUGCACAGGAGAUCUUUCCAGCAUCUCAGGAUCAGAAGACUCUGACUCAGCCAGUGAGGAGGACUUACAGAUACUGGACGAGGAGAGGGCUGAGUUGGAGAAGCUCAUCAGACCCCAAGUGUUCCACCCGCAUCGUGUUCUUUUCCAAAAUGCCCAGGGGCAGUUUCUUCAUGCCUAUCGCUGUGUCCUCGGCCCUCACCAGGUGCCCCCAGAAGAACCAGAACUGUUGCUACAGACCCUGCAAAGCGGAGGUCCCAGAUGCUGUGUGGUGCUCAUGGCUGCAGCAGGUCACUUUGCUGGUGCCAUUUUCCAAGGAAGAGAAGUGGUGGUACAUAAAACCUUUCACCGCUACACAGUGCGGGCCAAGCGGGGCACAGCCCAGGGGCUUCGGGAUGCCCGAGGUGGGGCUUCUCGCUCUGCUGGAGCCAACCUGAGGCGCUACAAUGAAGUCACACUAUGUAAGGAUGUUCGUGACCUGCUGGCAGGGCCAAGCUGGGCUGAGGCACUGGGGGAGGCUGGGACAAUAUUGCUGCGUGCCCCCCGCUCUGGCCGGUCCUUGUUCUUCGGAGGCCAUGGGGCACCCCUGCAACGGGGGGAUCCCCGACUUUGGGAUAUCCCCCUCGCUACCCGCAGACCCACCUUCAGAGAGCUACAACGUGUGCUUCAUAAGCUGACUACAUUGCAUGUCCAUGGCGAAGACCCCCGGGAGACAGUCUGGUUGGACUCACUUCAGUCACGCUGGAAGACAAUGAAAGAGAGGAAGAAGGCUAUAGAGAGACAGGUCUCCAACGAUGAAAAUGAGACACUUGGGAAGACUGAGGACUCUCGCAAACAGGGUUCAGGGUCAGAGGAAGAGGACAACUUCCAAGUAGAGUUGGAGCUAGUAGAGUUGACAUUGGGGACCCUGGAUCUUUGUGAAUUUGAGGCACUGCCUAAGCGGAGGAGGAGGAAAAGAAGUAAGAGGGAGAAAAGCCAAGACCUGGACAGUGGGGCACAUAUGACUCUUCUCCAGCAACCUCAAGAGGAGACUUUCUCACACUUAGCCCAGGCACAUGCAGUCCCGUUGGGGCCUUCCCUGGAAGAAGUCAACACCCCUGAUCAGUCAGAGCUCUGGGAUGUGCUUCUAGCUGCUUGCCGAUCUGGAGAUGUUGGGAUGCUGAAACUCCAGCUAGCUAUCAGCCCUGUAGACCCUGGAGUUCUGUCUCUGCUCAGUGCCCCCUUGGGCUCCAGUGGUUUCACGCUCCUGCAUGCAGCAGCUGCAGCUGGGAGAGGCUUGGUGGUUCGCCUGCUGCUGGAAGCAGGUGCUGACCCCACUGUGCAGGACUCCCGGGCCCGGCCCCCAUAUAUGGUUGCAGCUGACAGAUCAACACGCAAUGAAUUCCGAAGGUUCAUGGAGAAGAAUCCAGAUGCUUAUGACUACAAUAAGGCUCAGGUGCCAGGGCCCCUGACACCAGAAAUGGAGGCACAGCAGGCUACCCGGAAAAGGGAGCGGAAGGCAGCCCGUCGGCAACGGGAAGAACAGCAGCGGAAGCAGCAGGAGCAGGAGGAGCGGGAGCAAGAAGAGCAGCGGCAAUUUGCUGCCCUUAGCGACCGAGAGAAGAGAGCUCUGGCUGCAGAGCGCCGACUAGCUGCCCAGUUGGGAGCCCCUACCCCUCAGAUCCCCAACUCUGCAAUCAUCAGUGCUGGACGCUGCUGGAGUUGUGGGACAUCCCUCCAAGGACUCAUUCCCUUUCACUACCUUGACUUCUCUUUCUGCUCUACACGCUGCCUCCACGAUCAUCGCUGCCAAGCCAGGAAACCCUUUUCCUGAACUGUGGGCCCUGAGAGAACACAUUCACACUGGCCCUAGGUUUCUUCUUUCCCACAAAAUGAGAGUAUUUGGAAGGGUGAGGGACACUCAGGAACCAGGGCAAAGACAGAGCUACAGAAAUGUGUGGAGCUGCUACUGUCUCUGGAACUUUAAUCACAAUAAAGUUUGGCAAGGAAA